AUGGCAACUGUACUAGCACCAAAUCCUGCAGAAAUAUCAUUCGAGAGAAUGGACAUCAAUCGCUCGGGUGAUUGGGCGAGUGAAGGUACUAAGCGAGCAUCAGAUGACCCCGAUGGAGUGCAAUUCUUCGAGGAUGGGUUGAACGCCCGUAUUCUAGGUGACGGCCGAGUGGAUAUCCAUAUCGAUCAGCAUAAACCGCACCUCGGAGGGCUAUUAAAGCACAUCCAACGCGCGGAUAUACAUUCUGAGCGAGAUUCCGAAUGCGCUGUCAGCGCGGAACGGCCCUACACGAAUGAUGAGCAUUUCCCACUGCACUUAAACCUGGUCAUCCAAGUUAUUGGUUCUCGAGGCGAUAUUCAACCAUUUGUGGCACUAGGGAAAGAACUGAAAGCACACGGUCAUCGAGUCAGAUUGGCCACACAUUUAGCUUUUCGGCAGUUUGUUCUCGAUACCGGUCUAGAGUUCUUCAAUAUCGGAGGAGACCCAGAGGAGCUGAUGGCUUAUAUGGUCAAAAAUCCGGGCCUUUUACCGGGCUUCAAGGCAAUACGCAGCGGAGAUAUCCAGAGGCGUCGCCGUGAGAUGAAGGAAAUCUUCAAUGGAUGUUGGAAAUCUUGCUUUGAAAAGGGUGAUGGGACUUACCUUCACCAGAUUAAGGAAGACCCAUUCAGUAAGACAGUGGAUUACCGACAGCGGCCCUUUGUGGCGGAUGCUAUUAUAGCAAACCCUCCUAGCCUUGCCCAUAUCCAUUGCGCCCAACGACUGGGUAUCCCUCUCCAUAUCAUAUUCACGAUGCCCUGGUCACCAACCCAGUCUUUUCCCCACCCGUUAGCGAAUGUCCACCGCCGGAACUGCAAGCCAACUAUCGCAAAUUUCGUGUCCUACAAUAUCGUCGAUAUGAUGGUAUGGGAAGGAUUAGGAGAUAUUCUGAACACACUUCGCAAAAAUACCUUGGCACUCCAACCCCUGGAUACAAUGACUGCCCCAAGCAUACUACACCGACUACAUGUGCCACAUACGUAUAUGUGGUCCCCUUCAUUACUACCUAAGCCCCCUGAUUGGGCUGAUAACAUCGAUGUAUGCGGCUUUGGCUUCCUCCUCUCAGAGACCAGCUACACACCACCAACGGAAAUAGCUGCAUUUCUCGACGCAGGACCAAAACCAAUAUACAUUGGUUUUGGCUCGAUCGUAGUUGAUAAUGCGAACAAACUGACAAAAACCAUAUUUGAAGCAGUCAAAAAUUCCGGACAGCGGGCUCUUAUCUCAAAAGGCUGGGGGAAUUUGGGGGCAGACGAAGUGCCGGACAAUAUUCUGAUGAUUGGAAACUGCCCUCACGAUUGGCUGUUUGGGCAGGUUUCAUGUGUUAUCCACCAUGGUGGUGCUGGCACCACAGCGGCAGGGCUCGCGCUAGGUCGACCGACAAUAAUUGUCCCUUUCUUUGGAGACCAGCAAUUCUGGGGAAACAUCGUUGCGCGUGCUGGAGCUGGGCCAGCACCAAUACCACAUAAAAUUUUGAACGUGCAGAAUCUCUCAAGCGCAAUCGCGAAAGCGCUAGAGCCGAGUACUCUAGAGAGAGCACAGACGAUCGCGUUGAAAAUGCAGGAAGAGUCUGGUGUGCGCCAUGGGGUGAAUAGCUUUCAUCGAAAUCUUGACCCCCAGUCAUACAGAUGCUCUAUAGUCCCGAAUCAUCCGGCGGCUUGGCAUCUCAAACAUACCAGAAUCAACCUCAGUGCCUUUGCAGCAACGGUUCUAGUGAGAUCAGGGAAGAUCAGCCCAGAUAUGCUCGUGCUUUACCGUCCAAUUGAGUAUGAUACAUUACUGGACCCUGCCGACCCACUUACUGCUAGUGCUCAGGUGCUCUUUGGAGUCAUUACGAGCUUCGUGACUGGGCUUGUCGAUGCGCCCAGAGAGAUUGUGCAUGAUAUUGUUUCUGCUGCUCGCUCAAUACGCCAACCCCAUGAACAUUUUGAUCGCCACGCAGCAUGUCAGGCAGUACUUUCUUCACCAGAUCAUUUAUCUCCAGAGAAUAAUGAUGGGACUGAAACACAUAUUCAAAAUGAGAACGAGCAAUUGCAGAUUGAGAAUGAGGAACAGCGAGAUGGUGAAAUCCUAGAAGGGGAGAGUGCACAGGAAGAUACUACCGAUGCGGACAAUGAAACCGAUAUCAACAGCAUUGAUCGAAUUCGGAGCACAGAACGCAAAAGGAAUAUCCAGCUCGAAAAGGCCAAGACAAUGAGCAGCUCGAUGACACCGACAAAUCCACCUAAAUCUACUAUUUUACACGAAGCUGCGUUACACGGAAGUCAAAUGUCCAAGAAAAUAUUGAAGAUAAUCAUAGUGGUACCGACCGAUUUGACACUGAGCAUGGCCAGAGGUUUCCACAACGCACCCAAAUUAUAUCACGACACGACAGUAACCGACACCCCCCAGGUGGUCAGUCUUCGAAGCGGGUUCAGGGCGGCAGGAAAGGAGUUCCGAGAUGGAUUUUACUUCGGUAUUAAGGGCCUAGGAACACAGCCGCAUCAUGGUCUUAAGCACGGAGGUGCUAAGGGGCUUCUCAAAGGUGUCGGAAAAGGAAUCGGUGGGUUGUUUCUCAAGCCGACAGCAGGGUUAUGGGGUCUAGCAGGAUAUCCCUUAAGCGGGAUAGUCAGAGAGAUCAAUGACUCGCUAGGCAGACAUCAAAAAUGCAUGAUUGUAAUGGGUCGAAUUUCGCAAGGACUCGAAGAGAUGCGAGAAUCCACGGCCCAGGAAAGGGAAGAGGUAUCCAGGGGAUGGAUUACUAUUGAACACGACUUGAAAAAGUUGAAAACGCACCACCAUUUGCAUAUGUCGGACUCCACUCAUGCUGUGGUGUUAUUUGAGUGA